UCGCUGCUUCGGAUGUGCAUGUCAGAUUUCUCCUGGGAAAUAAAAGAAAGUCUUAUCACGCAGAGACGGCCGGAGUCCGCACUCUGUAGUUCUGCAGCUUCUCUGGGGCUGGACGGAGCGGAGAGAUGAGAGUUUAGAGGAAGUGAAGUUCUGACGGAGUUUCCCUGGAGACGCGGCUCUUUUGUGCCGCAACUUCUUCCUCCAGGACAGAAAGGCUUUCAAGAUAGAUUCCCUCAGGAGUAAAGUGGACUUGCUGCGCCUGCCUCUGGCCCUCUCGUCAAAGUCCAUCAGCAACUGCAAGAGCCAUUUGGGUGUGAUCUGGGAGAAGGGCGGCGGCUCGGGGACAGGAGUGCCACGGAAACUCCGCCCCCCGCUGGCCUCUGACAUGGACAACGAGUCGACAUACUCAGGUUAUUCCUUCAAGUCAUCUCACUCACGUAGUUCCCGCAAACACAGAGAGAGAAGGGACAGGCAUCGCUCUAAGAGUCGAGAUGUCACCAUUCGUGGAGACAAAUCUGUGGUCGUGCAGGCUCCAGGGGAACCACUACUGGAUGCAGAGUCCAACAUAGCUGAAGACAGGGAUGACAACUGGGGUGAGACAACCACAGUGGUCACCGGCACCUCUGUAGAUAGUAUCUCCAAUGAAGACCUAACACGGAUCAACAAGGACUUGGAGGACUCUUUGCCUCUCGACUGCCGCCGUUACAUCAGUCCGGUGCUGGGUGCCAUUUUGGGGCUCCUCUCACUGAUUACUCCUCUGGCCUUUCUGGCCCUCCCACAGCUUCUGUGGCGGGACACCCUGGAACCUUGUGGAACCCCAUGUGAGGGUCAUUACAUUUCUCUGGCCUUCAAGCUCCUGAUCCUCCUCUUCUCCACCUGGGCACUGUUUCUCCGGCCACCCCGAACCACUCUGCCUCGCUUUUUUGUCCUCCGCUGUCUGCUGCUUGCGUUAGUCUUCCUCUUUGUGGCAUCAUAUUGGCUCUUCUAUGGAGUACGGGUGCUGGACCCCAGAGAGACAGACUACAGGGGCAUUGUGGGAUAUGCAGCAUCUUUGGUGGAUGCGCUGCUGUUCAUUCAGUACCUGGCCCUGGUGCUGUUAGAGGUCAGACACCUGCAGCCUGCUUUCUGCCUGAAGGUUGUUCGGACCACAGAUGGCGUCAGCCGCUUCUAUAACGUGGGGCAUCUCAGUAUUCAGCGUGCAGCAACGUGGCUCCUGGACUGCUACUACAGUGACUUUCCGGUCUACAACCCUGCCCUGCUUAACCUACCCAAGUCCAUCCUCACAAAGCGGAUGUCGUCUUUUAAAGUUUACAACUUGGAGGAAGAUAACGGCACCAACCACUCUACAGGGCAGUCCAGAGCGAUGAUCGCAACCUCUGCUCGAAGAAGGGACAACUCCCACAACGAUUACUACUAUGAGGAGGCAGAGAUAGAGCGGAGGGUUCGCAAACGCAGAGCUCGACUGGUGGUGGCUGUAGAAGAAGCCUUCACCCACAUCAAACGGCACCAGGACAGCGACACAGCUGUAUCCUCACCCAAGCACCCACGGGAGGUGAUGGACCCGAGAGAAGCCGCUCAAGCAAUCUUUGCCCCCAUGGCACGGGCCAUGCAGAAGUAUCUCCGUGUGACCAGACAGCAGUCCUACCACAGCAUGGAGAGCAUCAUCAGCCAUCUGCAGUUCUGCAUUACACACAACAUGACCCCCAAGGCUUUCCUGGAGCGUUACCUCACCCCAGGUCCCACCCUCCAGUACCUGGACAACAACAGAGGGCGCCAGUGGACACUACUGAGCGAGGAGCCAGUGACAGCUUCCCUGCGUCAAGGCCAGGUCUUCUGCCUGAGACGCCUUGAUUUUGCGCUGGUUGUCACAGUAACGCCCCUUCCCUUCCUGCGCCUGGGUGAAAAGUUCAUUGAUCCCAAAAGCCACAAGUUUGUCAUGAAGCUUCAGUCAGAGACAUCUGUGUAAGAGGAGGGUGACUACUGUACAGAAAAAAGGACAAAAACAGUGAAUCUUCAGGAGCUUACAUACUGGCAUUUCCCCCUUUUGCCGGUCACGGUGCCUGUAUGUAGGAGUCGCUUCCCGGAAAGGGGUAAAAUCUGAUCACUUCUUUUUUUCUGCCUCCAGAGGUAGACUGACGGGUUUGAAAAAGGAGAGAUGUGUAUGUAAGGGCCAAUCCCCCCAAUCCGUAACUGAGUUAGAAGUAUGAGAAUUGAACAACUUUCUGAUCACGUAUCGGUGCCAACCAUAGUCACAAGCAUAGAGCCACGUCAGGGACGGGCAGCGUGAAACAACAGCUGGUGAGGAAGACUUGGACACUUCCAGCUGGUGACG